AUGCCUUCCCACUCCAUCCCCCACUAUGCANNCACCAUCUCAUCACAGACUGCAGCAAGGGCCGCCAUUCGUGCUGUCGUCGCCUCUACUACUAAGAAGCAGGUCUCUCGCCCUGCCAAAGCCCUUCCUCGCCCAUCUCCUUCCGUCUUGCCAUCCGCCGUCACAAGAACCACCUUCGCCGCUCGCCAAAGGGUUGCCGCCACACCCAAGCCCACCGUCGCCGCCACUCGUCGUCCUGCCGUUCCCGUCGCUCCUUCCCCUCGCCGUCCCAUCCCCUCUCGCCGCCCUGUCGUUACCGCUCCCCCCCGUCCAGUCGUUUCCACACUCACCCCUGCCGACCGCAUUCGUUUAAACAAGCUCAUACCGGCCAUUGAAGAGGAGUUUGCACGUGUUUGCGAAGAGUAUUGCGGAGAAAUCCGUCGUACUUGCGAGCACAAAGAGCCCGACUGGGAUGAGGAUCUGCUGUGUCAGACUGAUGAUGAGAGUGAGUUCACAAUCUUUGAUAAAACUAAUAUGGUGGUGCGUAGUUUCGACUCCGACCCCGACUCCGACUCUCUCGAUCCUUCAUUUUACUCGCCGAGCGACUCUGGACUUGCCCGUAUCCUCGACGAAAUCAGUGACGACGUCUUCAACAACGACGUCACCGACGACAACGACGGUAUCUUCUUCAACGAUGAUACCGUCAUCCACCACCAAAUCGCUUCCUCCGCGUACGAUCACUUCGCCGAUUCCCACCUGCAAGAAGAUGAAGACGUUUCGACGGCUGCUCUCGAGGAGCUGUCGUUCGUCGAGGUUAGUCCCUUCAUUUCUACUAACCUUCCUGUCAUUACACAAUCACAUUCAUUUUCACAUUCACAUUCAUUGGCGGCUACUAACAUUGAGGACGAUCUCGUCGCUGCUCUCGGGCAGAUGAACUUGGUUGAUCCAGUUGUCGGUGAGGGUUCUGAUUUCCUUUUCUCUCCUCUUCACUCAUCCUUCCUUUCUCGUCAUCCUUCCUUCCUCGAAGACAGUUGA